AUGGGGUACCGAGCUCUCUGUAGCCGCCUGCUCAUAACGAAGAAGCAGCUGAAGUUUACAAGUGUCGCACAACGCACUGUGGUUGGUCAAGCUGAGCUGGAGAAAGACAAACUGAAAAGAUCCCUGUAUGCAUUAUUCUCCCAGUUUGGGCAUGUGGUCGACAUUGUGGCUUUAAAGACUAUGAAAAUGAGAGGACAGGCUUUUGUUAUAUUUAAAGAACUUGGGUCGUCUACCAAUGCUUUGAGACAACUACAAGGCUUUCCGUUUUAUGGGAAACCAAUGCGUAUUCAGUAUGCAAAAACAGACUCUGAUAUCAUCUCUAAAAUGCGUGGUACUUUUGCCGAUAAAGAAAAGAGGAAGGAAAAGAAGAAGGCCAAAACUCUGGAGCAGUCAGCAAAUGCAGCAAAUAAAAAAGUUAUCCAGGGGGCAACACAAAAUUCAGUCAAUGCCCCAGGGACUGCAGCACAGAAUCAGCAG